UUUUUUUUAUUUUAGGAAAAAAGGAAUUGAUACAAAGAAAACUGUGUGUAGUGAGUGGUGUUAGGAGAAUGUAUGAAGAGAGGGCAGCACCAGCGCCAGGGUCUCCAAGCAAAGAAGGGGAGCUGCCAGGGUUUGCAGCCCUGCAGCAGCACCUGGCCCAGCAUCUGGCCCAUGACCACGACACCCCUGAAGAGGACUCUUAUCAACAGUCUCCACAUGCUUCCUGCUCACCCUUGCCUCUGAUAAUGAGAUCCCAGGAACAAGAUGUUUACCAGGAUACCCCAAAUGAAUACUACAAAGAGAUCCUGGAGAAGCAUUAUGCUGAUAUGGACCCAUCAGGGUAUUUGGAGCAAGAGAAACAAGUACUACAGCCUCUGCAAACAGUGUACUGCAGUUACUCAGUCACUGACCAGAGGUCAGGAGUGGUCACCCCUUUGUACCCUGUCCACAGGCCCACCCCACAUUUUCACCACCACCACCAUCAUCACCAUCAACAUCAGGACCCAUAUGAAGUGAGAACAGUGUCAGCAAGGACAGCCUCAGGGUUUGCACACCCAGACUUGCAUGACAGCCAGGGUCUGUAUGAAGCCAUCACCCCUGAGGGCAUCCUGACCCCAGACCACAGUCCUACCACCUUUGAGUACUUUGCCACCCCCAGUCUAGUGGGGGCACUACCUCAGGACCUCACUGUGGGCCACCUGGUGGACAUGGCCCCUGUGGCUGUCCACCACACCUCUGAACCUGGCCAUGAGUACACUACUAACCUCCAGCAAACUGAAGCAGAAACUGCUGCUGCUGUUGAAGCAAACUUCAGCUACUCUGAAGCAGGUGGAGAAGGAAGGGCUAGUCCAAGUUCUCUAACCCCACCACCCACCAACUUGUCCAUCAAGUACCAAGAAGACCAGCACCAGCACCAAGAGCCCAAUCACUACAGUAUGAGUCAUCAGCAUGACUCAUACACACCCUCAUCCACAUCCUCACAGCAAGAGCCCCUCAGCUUUGCCUUUGGGGGUCCACAGUCCCCUGCCCACAUGGGCUUUGAACCCAGUGGCUCACCCAACCCCUGGGACAAGAUCAGUUUCAACCCUGGGAGUCCUCAUCCUUAUGUACAGGCAAUCAAGGCCUCUGCAAUUUACACCAGCAGUGCUGGAAGUCAUGGCAACACAUCAUCUCCCCCUGGCACACCAGUGGAUGGUUACAGUUGCAGCAGUGAUGCAGACUACUCCAGGGAUGACAGGACUCAGUGCUCAUAUACCCCAACAUCUCCUGCAGGCUUUGCCAACAAGCCUGUGGUGGCCCACAGGACCUUUGUGGCUGACUUCUCAAAAGCUGCCUCCAACAAACGCAUGACAAGGAAGAGGAAACCAAGAGGAAGUGGGAGUUGUUCUCCUAGCUCAGGUUCCCAGAAAACUACCAUGGGGAAGAAAUCUGUGGAGUUCCUGCCACCACAAAAAAGGUUCCUCAAUGAAGGAAACAAGUUGCCACCCAUUGGGUCCAUAACCAGACACCAGGACCCAGAAGAAGACAUGAGUCACACUCUGGACUUGUCCCUGCCUCAUCUGCCCUGAUGUAACAUAGACAACAAAAGAAACCUCAAGUUCCCUUGCUAAAGGCUCUGGCUUGAUUGGCCUGCCACCCAGGAUGAGUGUUUACAUUCAUAGUCAAUGUGCUUGCUGCAAAAAGAAGUGGGGGAGGGAAAAGGCCAAGAGCCUGUUUCCUCCACUUCAAAGAGCCAGGACAGAAAAAAAUGGAAGCAUAUCAUUUUUCUGCUGAGAGCUGGUGCUAAAAAAAAUAAUGGAGAAAACUAUGGAGGCUCUAUGUGCUGGCUUCACAAAAGUGCCUUAUAUUUUUUCUGCUGAUGGGAGGUAACGUCACCCUGUGAUGAAGGUUGUCAGACAUUCCAUCAUCCUCCCUUUUUAAAAAUUUGUUUGUUUUUUUCAAGUCUGAAGCAUGAGUGAAUAUAUUUUGUGGCUGUGCAUUGCCUGGGCCCUGUUUUGGACUCAAGCCUGCAAAGUGUGCCACUUGAUA